AUGGCGAUGUCGCUUCCUCUCAAACUUGCGCUCCAGAUCGUCGAUAUCGCUCGCUUCCGCCGACUUGAUGAGAGUGCCAUCGAACACAUGCGGUGGCUCACAUGGAUCGGCCUGGCGUGCAAGGCGUUCUACGGAGUCGUCGAGCGGACGUUGAGGACGACCAUGUUUGCCACGCUCUCGACCAACCUCGACAAGAGCUUCGUCGAACGCACCUUGGCGGCAGCGCGCGCGGGCAGGCCUUUCGAGACGUUGUUUUUGCGGACCAAGGAUGACGCCCUGGUGAGCUGGACUAUCGAGGAGACGCACGGCAGCGAACAUUGUCCCGCUCUCGCAUAUCUCGUCGCUUCCGGCAGCAGGAUGUCAGGUCGGGCGAGGUACCCUUAUCUCGCCUUACAUGAACUCGCCGUUGAUCUCGACGCUGGAGACUUGGUGCAGCAGCUAGUUUCGCCCUUGGUCACCCCCAAUCUUCGGGUUCUGGCAAUUUGGGAACGCCCGUCCUCCUCUAUGCCUGCGGAAGACCUUUUCGAUGAUGACCUCCUUACCCGACUCGACUUCGUCCAGAUCACCUUUCGCCCCUUCCACUCUGAACCAACGAGUCGACUCUGCAGCAAUCAGCACUCAACACCGGUCCUCCUCUGCCCCGACCGUGCCGCCGUCAGCGGAAUCGUUCCCGAAAGCUUCUGCCAAUCCUACCUCCAGCUUCACUCCAUCCGCGGCACCGACGAGCACUCGAUGAUAUGUGUGCUUUACCUUACCGUCUGCAUCCGGCAGGGUGCAGCAAAGAAGGCGCUGUUUCUCCCUCAAGAGCUUCAUCCGUCGGUGGCGAUACCGAGUUCAACUCUACUCAGUCGCGCCCGCGAUGACUUGCUCGAUGCCAUCGACGACGCAGAAGUCGAGUACGUCGGCUGGUACCACGCCGACGAGGAGACAGACGCCUCGCCUUCGGAACCGUUCCGCCGCUACCUCGACAGGAAGAGACUUGAGGGACGCAUGCGAGGCGGCGAUGGACUCGGAACGGUACAGUACGAUACGAGCAACGUGUAA